AAGUCCGGAUCUCCAAUAGGUGUGAUGAGUUUGAAGCCGUAAGAAGUUGAUCAAUCACAUUCCUUUAUCGUGACAACCAAUUGUGCUAUUGACGUUUCUGAUUAGCCGCCAUGACAAAAGUUGUGCCUGCUUGCGAUCGGCUCGUAAUUAAUAUGAAUUGACCAUAAGACUCCAGCGUGCGCGGGCUCGCAAUCUCCGUGUUGUCGUUAGCGCAUCAAACCCUAUGGCUGAAAGGCUAUUUUGGCGGUCUCGCAACGAAAACAAAGAGUUGCACGAACGAAGAGAAGUACUCACGGGGUGUCCUUUUGACGGCUCGGACAGGGAUCACAGUUGUGCAAGCAUACAUUAUUCCUCGGCAGCACGGCCGUAUUGUCACGGUUUCGUCCGACAGGGAGGGGUUAGCCAGUUCGUUACAUACACCGACACAGACACACAUGCAUACCAUGAGCGGUACAUCCUGGGAGUCCUGUAAGCUGAAACCGACCGAGCCCGCUAUCAUGGAAAGUUUAAGCAGCAUGAUCCUUAACAUGGAGGCAAACAGUGAGAACCUGUACCCGCCCGACUACAAAAAGUACACCGAAAUGAAUAAUACUUGCACCGAGGGUCUUAAUAAUAACAAGAAUAAUAAUAAUAAAAAUGUUAAGAAGAGUUUCUUACUGCUGGACGCGCAAGAGAAACUGAUGGUUUCCAAUGCUAAGGAGUUUCUACAGAAAUUACACUGCGUCGAUCAGGACGCCAAGGUGAAGGUCGUCUCGAUAUUCGGUAACACGGGCGACGGGAAGAGCCACACGAUGAAUCAGACUUUCUUCAGGGGUAAAGAGAUAUUCAAGACGUCGAACGAACAGGAUUGCUGCACCUUGGGUGUCUGGGCGGCGUUUGAUCCGGAACUGAACGUCAUCUGCUUAGAUACGGAAGGUUUGCAAGGUGUCACAAAUUGCGAGAACGAGCGUAUGAGAUUGUUGCUCAAGGUGCUGGCCGUAUCCGACAUUGUUAUCUACCGGAUUCAGUCGGAGAGAUUGAACAGGGAUUUGUUCACAUUUCUGGGCACCGCGUCGCACGCUUACUGUCAUCACUUCAAGGCUGCCCUGCAGGCGGUGGGACAGGAAGACAGCGCGAUGAAUUCCAUCAGCUCGAUCGUUUCGAGCAAGCUUGGGCCUAGCAUCAUCGUACUGCAUGAAACUAGACACACCAGGCCGUUGACCAACAACGAGCCGGAAACCGCGGAGGACAUCCUGAAAGCUAGAUUCAAGCAGAUGAAGCUCGAGAUCGCGGCUUUCAGCUCGCUCAAGUACGUCGGUCUGCAGACGAUGAACAACGUGACGGACUACAAGCAACUGCGGUCCGCGAUUAAAGCCGAAGUGAGCAACACGGUGGUGCGCUUAGCCAGGAAGCCGCAUCUCGUGUACAACGCACUGAAGAUGCUGAACAGAAAGUUCUCCGGCGAGACGGAGAGUUCCACGAAUAUUCUGUUCCCGAAUCAAUACUUCACCUGUCCCAUCAAGUGUCUGAGCUGCGGUAACAGGUGUGAGAACAGCGUGGGACACAUUCGCGAGGGGAAGCCGCAUAAUAUUAACGCCCGGUGCAGGUACCAGCGGCAGUUCGAGAACAUGGUGUACAUAUGUAGAAAGUGUUACAAGAACGGGAACGAAGUGGAGGUGAGUAAGACGGAGCAAGACGAAGAAAGCUGGUACGGUUUAGCCGUGAGCGCCUGGACGGGCUACACCAUAGAGUGUCCGAAUUGCGGGGAGGUGUACAAAAGCAGGCAGUAUUGGUACGGGAACCGGAAUCCGGAGGAAGUGGCGAUACGCAAGAAGAUCACGCACGUUUGGAAUACGUCGAGUCACGCUGUAGCAUCGAACAAUACCGCGCAACGGGUAAUCGAUGGCGUUUCUUACAUCACCGAGGCUGUCGCGAACGUUUCCCUGCAGCCGACGAAAGCGCUGACCGCUUGGGUCGCGGACCAGGUGGCGCCCGCUUAUUGGCGGCCGAACCAUGAAAUCAAACACUGCCACAACUGCAAGGCCUCGUUCGGGCCGGCGGACGCGAAGCACCAUUGCCGGGACUGCGGGGAAGGCUUUUGCGCGCAGUGCUCGUCGAGGACGAAAAGCGUGCCCGGCAGAAACUGGCACACGCCGGUGCGGGUCUGCGACAAGUGUUACGACAAGGAAACGAGCCACUGCAGCGACGACUUUGCCGAGGCCACCGAGGACGUUAGUAUACGGAAAAUGACCGAACACAUCGCGUCGACCAUCAACGUCGUCGGCAGUGUCUUCAACUAUCCGAAAGCGCUCAUCAAGGAUUCCAUUCGACCGUCGUACUGGAUACCGGACUCGGAGAUCGUUCACUGCUGCCUCUGCGCCAAGAAAUUCUCCGAGAAGCUUCCCCUACAUCACUGCAGAGACUGCGGCCGCGGGGUGUGCCAAGACUGCUCGCCGCAUCGCAAGCCGGUGCCUCACAGAGGAUGGGACAGCCCGGUGCGGGUGUGCGACGCCUGCGUUUAAAAUCAACCAAUCUUCAGCGGAAAAAAGUAGCCCGGUUCUCCCGGACGGGUCCUUACGGAUCUUUACGGAGACGCGGCGGAAACCUUUUUACUACCGAUGCCGAGUAUGCGUACUUCGCAAAGUAAACACACAAAAGCGCGCCGAUGCCGCCGGGUCGUCCUCUUCAGAUUCAUGCAGAAUGAAGUGAAUAUCAAUUAUCUCGACGCGAAUCGCUUUUGCAAGAUGUACAGCAAAUAUUUUGAAUAUUCGAUAUUCACUUUAUUCCGAUCUCGCCCCCGAGUAAACGAGUUAAAAGUAUUCUUAGACUUACGAGACUAUCUUGCAGAGAGCCGUUGAGCUUUUCGAGAAUAUUUUUCAUACGAGAUACGAUAAGGUUUCUCGCAACUUCCUGAUCUUUUUUUUUUUUAAAGCCGUGACACUUUUUUUGAGGGGAGAGGUCCUUUCGAUGCAGAGUGAUUACGGUGCGAAGCGUUUGCGCUUAUAUUACAGCCGAAGCGAUGUUAUUUGAUGUGGGCAGCAAAAGACAGAACAUUUUCGAUCGUAAAAUCGAGGCUCACUCGUGGCGAGCGUUGCGCGGCUACAGUUGCAACUGCGGUUCGUUCAUAUCGCCGAAAACAUCUUAUUUACUUUCGCGUUAAAUUUCGAGC